AACAACUUUAAAUAUUUCAUUUCAUUGAUCAGUUGUCAUGGCAGCUAAUUACAAACGUUUAAUGUUAAUAUUAAUAGAGUAUUCUAGGAUUACAAUCAAAAUACUUUUUACAACAAUUAAAACUAGUUAAGAACUAGAGAAAUUAAAAUAGUGAUACAUAUAAUGAUCACCAAUAUAGAUGACAUUUUAAAAGAUUUAGGAUGGGAUGAUGGAUUUCGAAUACCAGUGGCUAAUGAAGAAAACAAGCGUCUUGAAGAAGAAAUUGAAAAGAAAACAAAAUACAAGAUGUCUUUACAUAAAAACUUGGAAUCUAUGGAAGAACACUUAAAGAUGAUUAAAAAGCAUGCUAUUAAUAUAAAACUUCAACAGGAUUUAAAUCAAAACCUUCUUACAGCACAUUCAGCACAAUUAGAGAAAGAAGAUCAUUUAUAUAGAUUAAGCAAUAGUACAGAAUCAAAUCUUCGUCAUGAAAUGCGAGAUUUUAAUAAAACAUGCAAUGAUAUAAAUGAAAGAGUAUCAAACAUAGAGAAGGAUUUAGCUAAACUGACAAAGAAAAUAGAAAGUUCUAAAAAAACAGUCAAAUUUGAUGAAAACAAUCUUUUAAGAUGGGAGGAAGUAUUAAACAGAAAGGAAGAAGAUAAUGAAUUGAUAGAAGAGUAUAUGAAACAAGAUACAAAAAAAUAUAAGGAAUUAGAACAAAAACGCCAGAAGCUAAGUAUAGAAGCCGAAUCUUAUCGACAAACAAUAGUAAAAGUAGUUAAUGAAGCACAAGAAAUGGAAAUAGCUUUAGAUAGAACUGUUAAACUUUAUGAUGAAGCAUUAAAAGAACGACGACAAAUGAUAAACCAAUGGACACAAAGUGUUGCUGUGUUGAAACAAAGAGAUGAUAAUAUACAAGCUAGUUUAAGGGAAAUAGAAUCACUUCGUGAAAUCGGAAAAGAUAAAAUGGAUCUUCUACAUGAAACAGAACAAUUUUUAAGUGAUCAAAUUUUGAACAACAAGCAACUCGAAGAAUUGAUUAAAGAAUCUGAAAAGAAACUUCUUAUUAUAAAAAACGAGAAUCGUAAGAUUAUGGAUACGAUUGGUACAUAUGAAUUUGAGCAUCGCACUCAAAAGAAGGAUGUAGAAAAUUUGAACCGCCGUAUGCAACAAAUAAGAGCAGAUAUAAAACGUAAAAAGAAUGAAAUUGAAAAUAAAAUUAUAAAAAUGGAGGAUUGGAAGAACCGAAUUAAAGAUUUAAUUAUGACCUUAAAUGAAAUUGAUGAUCAAAAAUUAAAUGUAGAGGAUAGAACAAAGCAAUUAGAAGAAAUGAUUGAGGAAGAAGAAAAACGUAAAUCUAUUAUUAUCAAAGAGACAAAUCAUCUCCAAACAGCAAUUUUACGUACUGCCAAUCAAAUUUCCGAAUUAAAUAAUGAAAGAAAAAUUCUGGAAAUGCAAAAUCGAAAUGAAAUAAAAAAAUCUGAAUUAUUAGUAAUCAGCUAUGAUAAAGAGAAAAAAAUAUUGGAAGAGAGAAAAGAAUCAUUAUAUCAUGUUGAAUUUACACUACAUAAAUGUAAAAUGAAAUUAGAUCGUGUUAAAGGUCAUGCACAAGAUCAAACAGAAUUUAACAAAAAACAAAAAAUGAUUGAAGAUUUGGAAACUAUAUUAUCAGAAAAAAUGAAAAUAGCUAAACUGCUAAAAACACAAAUUACAAAUUUAGAAUAUGAUAGGAAAAAAAUCACUAAUAGCAUAGCAAAUGACAGUGGAGAAUUAGAGCAUCUACAAAAUAAAAAACAAGAUUUUCUAUUACUUAUGGAUGGUGGUGAAAAAACAUUAAAAGUAGCACAGAGUCAUAAUGAAGAAAAACAAGUGGAAGAAAAUAUAUUACGUCUCAAAGUUUCACAAAUAGAACAAAUGAUGUCAAAUGUUGGAGAUAAGGUCUAUAAUUUGCAAAAAUAUAGACUUACACUAGAUGCUGCAUUAAAAGAACGUGAAGAGGAAAUUGCAGUACAAAAAGAAGCUCUUGUAAUUCAAAAAAGAGUUGUGUCGGGUGAGUGUUCACAAUUACGUAAUGCUAUUUCUGAAAGAAAGAAUCGAAUAAAGCAAUUACAAGCACGAUACGACAAUGGUGUUGCUGUAUUUGGCAGUAGUACUGAUGGAACACCCAUUACUACAACUUAUCUUAAAAUUCAAAAUGCCCAAGAAAGAUAUCUUUUACAAGAGCAAGGUGAUAAACUUGAUGAAACUAUAAGAAAGACAGAGUAUGAAAUAGAAAGUAUGGAGAACACAUUGAGGAUAGUUAAUGCUUGCAAUGAUAAAUUCAGAAGUAAUUUGAGUACAGUCACUGAAACUGGGCUAGAUCAAGAAGAACAAAAGAAACUUAAUGAACAAUUAUACAAAGAACGAGAAAAUCUAAAAAAAAGACAAAUGCAUGUACAACAUUUAACUGAAGAUUUUCAGAAGAUGCAAGAUAAUUAUACUUUAUUACUUGAUGAUAUACAAAGAGCUAAAGAAGAGAAAGAUAACAAAGAACAAUAUCUCUCUAAUCUUAAUAAACAAAUAGCUGAACAAGACGAGAAAAUAUCCAGAGCUGAAAAGAAUCUUCGAAAAGUACACAGAGAUAUACAAAAUAAGUGCACUUGUACUGAAGAUAGUUUGAUACUUUUACAGGAAAAAGAUGUAAACUUACGUGAAAUCCAAGAACAAAAUGCAUUGGCUCUUGAAGAUAUUGCAGAAUUUACAAUUCGCCAUGUGGAAGUAGAACCUUAUAUAAAGAAACUCUUAGUAGCCAAGAAUAUAGAAUUACCUUGCAUUUCUAGAUUAAUAGAUCGAUCACCUGUAAUAACUCGUUGUGGAAGUACUACAGAAUCAACUGAAUGUAUAGUUAAAAGUACUAGUCGUACUAGUACAUUUCCUUCUUCAAGGGGAAGUGUUAAUAGUAUUAUUACAUUGGAACCUUGUUUUGAUAACAUAAGAAACGUUGAUUAUCCAUCACAGAGAGAUACCUUAACAAGCAAAUAUUCAAAAUGUGGUACAUCACUAGAUUCUAAUGUAGCAACAACUAAGAAAUAAAUGAUACUUUGUACUUCCAUACUAUUAAUAAUUUAUA